AUGAGCUUUAUUAUCGUAAAAUACGGUGCUAAUGAAGAAAAGAUUCUGAACCCGAAUUGUCUAUGCUCUGUCCUGCUGAACCACAUCAAAAAGGCACCCGCCAUUCUGAGCGCUCUGGGGCUACAGCACCCCUUUUCCGAGCCCGUCGAUCUAGCCUUGGAGACCGGAGAGGUCAUUGAUCUGCUUAACAAGCCCCGGGAAUACGCCAAGCGCUUCGUAGAGCCGAGGGGCGUCUAUGUGCUGGUCAAAGUCGUGUCAGAGGAGACCGAGGAAACGGUGGCGCAAUACGUUCCUCUCCUGGAACAAACUGGAGACUCCAAGGUCAAGUACUCAUUAUCGUCACAAAGCCGGCAAAAGUACAAGUACGGCAAAUAUGCCUCGGGUUCAACUGGCCAGUCCAUUGCCGAUUCAAACGACAGCGGCGGUGGCGGUGGUGGUGGUGGUGGUGGCGAUCGAAAGGGGCUUGGUGGGAAAGCGCGCCGAUACGGGGGCUCGAGUGUCUCGCAAUCGAUAUCGCACGAUGCCUCGGCCUCGCAGGGCUUGUCGUCAAAUCAGAGUCUGAGCUCCAACAGCAUGAUGGCCAGCCCAGGGCAGUCCUCCGGGACAUCUGCAGCCGCCGCCAACCAGUCCAGCACGCUGAGUCCCAACUCGGCUGCCGCCGGCAAGUCCCCGCAUCCUCCAAACUCCAAACCGGACACGGCCAACCCCCGGCCCCCGCAACCCAAGCGCAGCGUGGUGUCGCGCAACUAG